AUGAUUAAGGCCGAUAAAAAUUCUAAAAUGAAAUUUUUGCAUAUAAAUAGAUUAAAGGAGUUCCAUCAAAAAGCAAGGAUAAAAAGAAUGUACAGUUUAUUUUGCAAAAUAAUAAAUCACCUUAAGAAACAUAACCAUCCUUAAAUGCCGUUUAGUGAAUUCAGUUUAUUCAUUAUAGAUUAAGGUUAAUUUAGAUUGUAAAAUAAUUUUAUAUUUUACCUGAUUCCUGUUGUGGUAAAGAGGAUCCAUCAAUUGAUUUUCCUAUUUAGAUUGUUGCUUUAGUGCCUUAGAUAGAUCCAAUUAUAGAAGAAUCUCCUAAUUGAAAUCCUUAAAUUGUUGAUAUACAAAAGGUCUAUCUUACUGAUAUAAAUAAGGAAAAUAGAAUUGCUUAUAAUUAAGAUGAAUCAAAUGAACAAAAUUUUAAGUUUUAAUCUUAUAAAAGAAACUAAAUAUAGGAUAUAUAGUAGCGAAUGA